CGAGAAAAGAAGCUCUCCAGCUCUAGCAGCAUCCACUCUCACCACUGUGGAUCCGCCAGGUGGACACCUCCUGAGCCUGCGCUGCUCAACACUCUGACGUGCCACGGUCAGCCGCCGCCGACGGAUCUGGCCAUCUGGGGUGUUUCCUAGCCCGUGGUCCCCUGCCUUUUGCUUGGCUCAGCAACGGGCGCGAUGGCGUGUGGGGACCAUUCCCCAGGAUGUUCACAAGCCCAGAAGGCGGCAAAAAGACAAGCACGCACAACGAACAGCGGCCGUCGGGGCCAGUCAGAGAUUGUCUGCACUAUGGCCAAGCUGGCCCGAUGGCCCCCUUUGCCAUGUCUACCCGAUUGCAUCUCUCGGGCUGAUGCGAAGCGCUGCCAGGCGGCGCAUUCGCAUAUCAGGAUACGCCAAGGCACCGCACAUCAUGCUUCCUUUGAGCGUGCUUGGCAGGAUCCAAGCAAAGUGCACCACAGCAUAGCACGCAGCCUCAGGAGCAUGCAGCGUGGCAUGGCAUGGCAUGGCAUGUACCUACUAUCUGCAAUGGCUGGCUGUAGCUGGUGCCUUCAGCAAAUACGAGUACAUCAUGCAUUCGUCCUCCAAGCAGCCCUGGCUAGCACUCUUCUGUACUAGCUGGCCGGCUGGCUGAGCUGAUGCCUUGCCACUUUCAUCUGGCGGCCGCACAUCCCUCCCCCAUCGCGAGGUCGCCAGAUUCCCGCCGCCGGGCCUUCGCUUCAGCGAGGUACGU